AUGUCUCAUCUUGUCAGGCGGCUCAAGCUAUCGAAGUUAUCCCUCCGAGUAAGCCACCUAACAGUUUCUCAGUGCUUCUCUAAUUUCAUCUUUAAAGUUGAACCUUGUGGAUCUACUUUGAGAGAUGGUGACGUUGGAUAUCUAGCUAUACACAGCUAUAUUGAUAACUUGAUCGACUGCACGCCAAAGAAGGUGCCUACGGAGUUAGCAAAGGAGAUGGGAACCAUAGGAGCAUCCCACGGCUGGGUAGCAACUUUGAAAAAUGGGGUCGUGUGUCUUCAAGAUGACCUAGACCUCCAUGCAUCGUAUACAGACCCAAAACGCAUUUCAUUGCCUCCUCUUGUAACUUUGCCUAACUGCCAAACCCGAGUGGUAACCAACGUAGCCAUGUCCUCUUCUUCUCCCGAGGAUGAAGACUGCAUCGUGGCUGUCAAGUUCUUGGGACCUCAGCUAAGCUUGUGUAGGCCUUCUCAGAGAGAUUGCACGUGGAGCAACAUCAGAAUCACAGACCCUAGCUUCUUCUCAUCCCAUGUAAUGUACUCCAAGAGAGAUGAUAUGUUCUCCAUGAUGGCUUCUGGAGGAAACUACACUGGAUCAUGGGAUCUUGGGAGACACAUGACCGAACCAAAGCUGACGAUGUUGUCGUACCCGAAACAGCGCGUGGUGAAGGACCGGUAUAUAGAGAGCAUGGGUAAGUUUGCCGACAAAGAGUUAAUGAGAAAGUGCGAGUGGCUGCAGUCCGAAUUGUUAGAAUUAGAGAAUUAUUGA